AUGUCUAGUGAUCAAUUCAAGGCAGUUGGUAUUGCCACUGCAAAAGGAAUAGGACGAGGCACCAAGGCAUUGGGAAAGGCAGGUUACACGGCUUAUAAGAAGAACGAUGCAAAGCGGAAAGGAGUGGAAUAUGUUGAACCACCCAGUAAAGGUGAUCGAAGUUCAUCAACAUCCACGUCAGCAGCAGCGACAGUAACAAAUGCGGAGAUAGAGCAUCCACUGCCUUAUGUGUUUAAGCCAUUGCCUACCAAAGAAGCUCUCAGUUCGUAUCAACAGCCUCCAAAAAGAAAUGUUGGUGCUUAUGCGCCAUCCGAGCGCAAGUAUGUGACCCCUCAGGGUACCCAAAACACAGCCCAGACUCAGCAAUUGCAACAAUCACAACAGCAUCAACAGCCACAACAGUACCAACAGUCACAGCAGUAUCAACAGUAUCCACCACAAUAUUCUCCGCAUGCUCAGCCUCUUCAACAAGCAGCGAAUUACCCAGUCGAACAAGUAAACCAACCACCACCACCCCCAAGACCAGGUCAAUCUACACCGAUUGCACAGACUCAACCAGCUUCUGUGAAUGCACAGCCUCCACAAGCACAGCCCACUCCAUUUGCUCAAGUGAACUCCCAAGUUGUUAGUAAUCAGCAACAGCUACAACUGAAUGUGGUGCAACCUACGUACCCACAGCAGUAUCACUCAACUCAGCCAGGAUACGUACCACCACAAUCACAACCGCAACCACAAGUGCAGGGAGAGGCACCACCCCCUGCUUAUACCCAACACAAUCAAACCCAGCAGUAUCAGGAACCUUCAAUACAAUAUGCACUGCAAGCUCAACCGAGCUUACCCCAACGCUCACAAGUGCAAACCCAACCUGUACCCCCAACCUUACCCAGUAGAACCUCAACAGUUUCAGGGACACAUGUACAACCACAAGUGACGCAACCAUUGUCUCUGCAGAGUCAGACUUCACCGGACAUACCUAGUCGUGGGUCCACUUUGCAAACCCAACAAGUUGUCCAACAUGUGGUUGGAAACGAUGCAGCUGCGCAGGUACUGGAAAAUCAAUCUCUUGCUCAACCCAUAGCUCUGAACGAUAUCAACCAGGUCGAAACAGAGAAACCAAAAAGACCAUUACCUGAUCCAAAAUCAUUUGCACCACCCCCUAUGAGAAGAGUGCAGUCCCCCGAUGCCACCGGUGCGUCUCAUAAAAAUGUUUCUCAUGCUAAGCCAUUACUGCAGUAUGGGCAUUCAAGUGUACAUUCAAACGAGUUUGUCGCCACCUCUCCAACUAAUACAGAGCAAGGGGAGUGCCAACCAGAUACUACCCUGCAACCUCCUGCGUUGCCUAGUCGGACUAGUGCAAAUAGUGUCAGCAGUAGCACACCUUCAAAGAAGCCCUUCGACUUGAGUGCUUUCCCACCGCCGCCACAAAUUCCUAAACCCAAGUUCGAUGGAGACAAAGAGAAACGCACUUUCGUGGCCUCGAGAAAUGGAGAUUCAGCUGACGAGGUGCCACCACCAAUGCCAUCUAGGCCACUGCAAAGUACACCUUCAGCAUCAUCGAUCAGUGAUUCAAUUUCCGAAGCAAAAGAAGCUAUUCAAAAGAAAAAGGCACCUCCAAAACCUGUUAAAAAGCCAAAGGCAUUAUCUAGUGGCCUCGACACAUCUAAUCAAGGCGUUCAGAGUGAAUUAGAAAAUAUGUUCCAAAAGAUGAAUGUCAAAAAAUCGACUUCAGGAGUUGAGGUGGAACAAAAUGAGCCCCCAAUUCCAAAACCCAAGUCUUCAAAGCAAGUGAGUCCACCACCUAUCAAGCCAAAGCCAGUUGUUAAACCGAAGCCUGAAGUGAAGCCCAAGCCAGGGGUCACAGCAGCACGUGUAAACUCUCCUACUCCACCACCCACUCCUAAACCACGAAACUAUAAGCGAGCUGCCGCUCCCACACCUACAGUCAAUGCCCAAGGUCCUCCAGACUUGGAUCUUGAGUUGACUACCCAAUGGUUCACCAACACAAACAGUCUAGUACUUCCAAGAUCAAUACUAGGGUUGAAUUAUCAAACGAAUUACCUGUAUACUACGUCUGGAGGGUCGCAAAUUUGGACAAGAAUCAUUACGGUAAGAUUGAAGGAUUUGUCAAUUGUUUCGUACAAGUUUGUUUGGAAUGCGAGCGAUGCAGCUUCAGUGACUGUCUCUAUUGACCGCUUUGUUCCAUCGCCGCUUCUUACAAUACCUUCCAAGCAGGAGCUUGUUGCGAACCACGAAAGAUUUGGGGAAUACGUUGCAUCAUGGUGCGAGCAUCACAAGGGACAACAAGUUGGUAGUGGCGAGUGUUGGGACUUGGCGAAAUUUGCACUUGAAAAGGGUUGCGGAAAGCAUGCAUUUGUGUCGCAGUAUUAUACACAUGGAUACCCUAUAUUGCAAAUCAAAAACAGUGGUGCUGGUAUUGAGUUUAUCAACAGUCAGCAACAAUUGGAUGUGAUUAGACGUGGGGAUAUUUUACAGUUCAAGGCUUGUACAUUUUUCAAUCCAAUCACUGGGGUCACUCAAACUGUAGGAGCACCCGAUCAUACUAGUGUGGUUGUUGAAAAUGAUGGAUCCAAAUUGAAAGUUGUUGAGCAGAAUGUCAACAAUAUCAGAAGGGUUGUGGAGGGAGAGUAUAUUUUAAAGAACUUGACUGCGGGAGAGGUUUAUGUGUAUAGACCCAUGCCUUCUGACUGGGCAGGUAGUUUAUAA